AUGGCCCGAGAGCCAGAGCCGACGCGCUACGCCCCAGCCAGCUUAGCCAGCAAACUCUCCAGCCCAGCCAGCAAGCACCUUCCCUGCCCCGGACCCCUCCCCACGCCCUGCAGGCCCCUUCCCCGGCCAGCCCUCUCCCGGCCGAGGCCGCCAGCCUACGAAGGAUACCGGGAGUCCUCCCGCGCCCGGGCCAGCGUCGAGCCCAGGCUCCGGGGGAGGCGAGCGAAGUUCCCACCGCCCUCCGCUACGACGCUCGCGGCGCCGCCGGGCUCGGAGGCCGCCGGGACGGAGCCGACAGUGGCGCAGGCGGGUCCCCGCAGCACCGAGCCGUUGUGUGCGGAGGCGGCGCCAGCUGAGAGGAAGGAGCGCGGCUGCGCCCCCUGCCCGCGCCCCGCCGGCGGCCACCCCGGCCCGCGCGCCACCGCCCCCCGCCGAGGGCCGGGGUCCCCCUCGGCUCCCGCAGCAGCCGAGCAGUCACCGAGGCCUCCUGGCCCCUCUCCCGCCCGCCCUCCCGCCGGAAGCCGCGAGGGGGAGCGGGCGGACGCGGGCGGGGCGACCGCCUCCAAGCCACCCGGGGACCCGGGGACGCUCCGGGUGCCCCAGUCUCCUGGGGAGGUGGGACGCGGGCAUUUACUGCCCCCGGCGAAGAGGGAGCCCCCGAUUCGAGCUUUUGAAUGCACGAGUUGA